AUGUCUCUGGCAGAAACCGCGGCCUCGGUGAGUGGUGCCUUCGAUAGCAUACCCAUCAUCGAUAUAGGACAUGUGUCGACACCCGAGGAACGCGCUGCGUUGGCCCUGCAAAUUAGAGAUGCCUGCAUGAAUGUUGGAUUCUUUUACACAACCAUGGUAUACCCCAGGAGACCAUUGGCAAUGUCUUCUUGGCCAGUGAAAGCCUACUUUUCUCUGCCACUCGAGACAAAGAUGAAGCUCUAUCACAAAGAGGUUGGAAAUUUCAAAGGAUACGAACCCCUGUUGGGCUCCAACGCCGACCCAGCCAACAGAGGCGACCUACACGAAGGCUUCGAAAUGGGUUGGGAAGAAUUGGUGCCCAAGGAAAACGACAAAAAGCGAGCGAAUGAUGGUGCUAUGGCUGGUGCAAAUGUAUGGCCCUCGGAACCCGGCGGGUUCCGUGAAGCUUGCCUCAAUUACUAUCACGCAGCUGUAGGUGUCGGAAAGGUCCUGUUCCACCUGUUUGCCCUUGCAUUGGAUCUCCCUGAAACAUACUUCGAUGACAAGACCAGGAAUUCUGCUGCAGCCAUGCGCGUUCUCCAUUAUCCACCUCAAACUGGUCCUGAAGACGAUGGUAUCGUCGGAGUCGGUGCCCACUCAGAUUUCGAGUGUUUCACCAUCUUAUGGCAAGAACCCGAUAUUCAGGCUCUUCAACUACUGAACUCCGAGAAGCAAUGGGUAAAGGCACCGCCGAUCCCCGGAACGCUUGUUAUCAAUAUCGGUGACCAGCUUGCACGAUGGACGAACGACGUAUUUAGGUCGACCGUGCAUAGAGCGAUCAACAGGAGCGGCGUUCGCAGAUAUUCCAUUCCUUUGUUCUUCGGCACGGAUUACCACGUCCAGGUCGAGCCCAUGCCGAGUUGCGUAUCCCCCGAGAGACCGCCCAAGUACGAACCCGUCGCUGCAGGGGACUACGUCCACCAGCGUCUGCAGGAGGUGUAUUACCGAAACAUCUCUACCUCCUAA